CUUUCUCACUUUUUUUUUUUUUCAGUUAUGAGCAGUUUUAAUCAAAUUCCUUCUGAUAUUAUCCCUGAUACACCAGGACGUUAUGGUCGUCGAACAGACUUACUUUCUUCUCAACUCGACCCUAGUUCUCCUGGUUAUUAUGGUCGUACACCUGGUUCUCCACGCCAUAUCAGAAACAGACGCUCAGAACUCUCUUCUACUUUGUUAGGUGAUGAUAUUGGUGCUACUUCACCUCUCGCUUAUCCCUCUACACCUUUACGUUCUGGCUUAGAAAGUUAUGGUUCACCACGCACACCACGCACCAACCCAGCUACGUUUGUUCGUACACCUCAUGCCCAAACACCGGGUCGUGCUCUCUCUUCCAUGAAUGUGGAUUCCCAAGAUGUCGACCCUUCAUUGUCUGUUCGUCUUAUCUGGGGUACCACUGUCAAUAUUCAUGAGGCCAUGACCAGUUUCCGUAACUUCUUGAACCAUUUCACGUUGGCAGAUCGUAAACGCAAAUUCAAUGAGCCUGUAACAGAUGAUGAUAAACAGCCCUUUUAUCCUGCCUUGUUGACCCAUGUCUAUGACAACAAUGCAACCAGUGUGAACUUGGAUUGUCGUAAUUUGAUGGCUUAUUCAGUCACUCGUAAACUGUACGAUCAACUUGUCAAGUAUCCUCAAGAAAUUAUUCCUUUAAUGGAUCAUACGAUUACUGAAUUCUAUUUUGGAUUGUUUCCUAAUACUGAUUUCAAUGGUUUACAACUCAAGGUUCGUCCUUUUAAUUUAAGCAACACAGUCAAUAUGCGAGAAUUAGAUCCACAAAAUGUGGAUCAAUUGAUUACCAUCAAGGGUUUAAUGAUCCGUGCUUCUCCUGUGAUUCCUGAUAUGAAAGAAGCCUUUUUCCGUUGUUUGAUCUGUGACUAUACUGUCACGGCCAGUGUGGAUCGUGGUCGUAUCUUGGAACCCACACGCUGUGGCAGAGAAUCAUGUGACUCUGAGAACUCCAUGACACUUGUCCAUAACCGUUGCCUGUUCUCUGAUAAACAAGUGGCUCGUAUUCAAGAAACACCCGAUGUUGUGCCGGAUGGUCAAACGCCUCAAACAGUCUCUAUGUGUCUGUAUGAUGAUUUAGUGGAUGUAGGUAAGCCUGGUGAUCGUUUAGAAGUCACAGGUAUCUUUCGUGGUGUGCCUGUCCGUGUCAACCCUAAACAACGUACGAUCCGUGCUCUUUUCAGAACCUAUCUGGAUGUGGUCCAUAUCAAACGUACAGAUAAGAAGCGUGUUCAACUGGACAAGACAUUCCGAGCUCAAUUUGGCAUGGAAGCGUAUGAAGAAAGCGAUGAGAUUCAACACAUCACGACCACGGAUGAACAAGACAUUCUGGCCUUAAGCAGACGUCCUCAACUGUACGAGACACUCGCUCGCUCACUGGCUCCUAGUAUCUAUGAACUGGAUGAUGUGAAAAAGGGUAUUUUGUUGCAGUUGUUUGGUGGUACACACAAGACAUUCCAAAAGUCAGGUGCACCCAGAUUUAGAGGGGACAUCAAUGUCUUACUGGUGGGUGAUCCAGGUACAAGUAAGUCUCAAUUACUUCAAUAUGUGCACAAGAUUGCUCCCCGUGGUGUCUAUACAUCCGGCAAAGGUUCCUCUGCUGUGGGUCUGACAGCCUAUAUUACCCGUGACCCUGAUUCACGCCAAUUGGUGCUGGAGAGUGGCGCCUUAGUCUUGAGUGAUGGUGGUGUGUGUUGUAUUGAUGAAUUUGAUAAAAUGUCAGAUGCCACUCGUUCUGUGCUACAUGAAGUUAUGGAACAACAGACCAUUUCAGUCGCUAAGGCAGGUAUCAUUACCACCUUAAAUGCUAGAACCUCCAUCUGUGCCUCCGCUAAUCCUAUUGGCUCACGAUGGAACAAGCAUCUUUCUGUGCCCGCCAAUCUCAAUUUACCUCCCCCUCUCUUAUCUCGAUUUGAUCUGUUGUAUCUGAUCUUGGAUCGUAUUGAUGAAGAUGCCGAUCGUCGUCUAGCUAAGCAUUUAGUAGCACUCUAUAUGGAAGACAGCCCAUUGACAGCUGGUAAUGAUAUCGUGAGUGUGGAACUCUUGACGAAAUACAUCAAUUAUGCAAGAGAGAAAGUACAUCCUGUCUUGAGUGAAGAAGCGGGUUCUAAACUGGUUGAUUUCUAUGUGGAUCUUCGUAAACAAGGACAAGACCGUAGUUCUGAGAAGCGAGUGACAGCCACCACACGUCAAUUGGAGUCCAUGAUUCGUAUGUCUGAAGCCCAUGCCAAGAUGCGAUUAUCACCCACUGUGGAUGUGGCAGAUGUAGCAGAAGCUUCUCGUUUGUUACGUGAGGCCAUCAAGGAUUAUGCGACUGAUCCCAAGACAGGUCGUAUUGAUAUGGAUCUUAUUCUGUCUGGUACAGCAUCUUCUGAACGUGAUCUUCAAAAUAGCUUAAAGGAAGCUUUAUUAUCCAAACUAUCUUCUUAUCACCAUAACCGUGUUGAUUAUGCUAAAUUAUUCAAAGACUUUAAUGACCAAAACCAAGUGGUAAGCCAAUAUCAUCCCAAUGCUGUUUUUUAUUGAUGUAUUUCUUUAGCCUGUGGAUAACAAAACAUUUGAAGAUGUGUUAAGAUCUUUACAAGAUCAAGGUGUCAUCAGUACUUCUGGAGAAGGAAGAAAGCGCACCAUUCGUAUUCUAACAGCAAGUGCUGAUGCUUAAUGAUAAAUGUUUACCCUUUAUAUACAAAUAAAUAAGUGCUACCUCUC